GCGCUUUACGGCUGAAGCUCGAGUUUGCUUUUCCGCAGCUUUGCCCUGCCCUCCUGAGCCGGAGGUUCUGAGCCCUGGGAUGUAACGUGCAGGAUGGGAGGUCGGUUGUGAGCUCCCCGCCCCCCCCCAGCCGGACCGAGCGGGGCCCCCCUCCCCCGGGCAGGAUGGAGGAGGAGAGCAUGGAGGAGGAGGGGGGCAGCAGCAGCAGCUAUGAGGCCAUGAUGGACGAUCAGAACCAUAACAACUGGGAGGCCGGUGUGGAUGGCUACAGGCAGCAGCACCCUGCGGGCCAUGCCCAGGCCCCCCUCGGGGACCGGGCCCUGCAGCUGCCCGCGGAUAGGAAGGCCCAGAGGGGGCAGCAGGAGGAGGAGGAAGAGGCCCAGAUGGUGCCAGAAGCCAAUGGCCUGAUGAAGGGCUGUGACUCUACAGGGGCUGCUGGCAAGGGAGGAGCCGUCGCUGCUGCCACCAUCAACACCUCCACCUCCAAGUUCUUAAUGAAUGUUAUAACCAUUGAAGAUUAUAAGAGCACAUAUUGGCCAAAGUUGGACAGUGCCAUAGAUCAGCUUUUAACUCAGAGUCCUGGUGACUACAUCCCUAUCUCCUAUGAACAAAUAUACAGUUGUGUGUAUAAAUGUGUAUGCCAGCAGCAUUCGGAACAGAUGUAUAGUGACCUAAUAAAAAAGAUAACUAACCACUUAGAGAGAGUCUCAAAGGAGCUGCAGGCCAGCCCUCCAGAUCUGUAUAUUGAAAGAUUUAACAUAGCUCUUGGACAAUAUAUGGGAGCAUUGCAGAGCAUUGUGCCUCUUUUCAUAUAUAUGAAUAAAUUUUACAUAGAAACCAAGCUUAACAGAGACUUAAAAGAUGACCUUAUAAAGCUGUUUACGGAACAUGUUGCAGAAAAGCACAUUUACAGCCUAAUGCCUUUACUUUUAGAAGCUCAGUCAACACCGUUUCAAAUAACCCCUUCGACCAUGGCAAAUAUUGUGAAAGGCCUGUAUACACUUAGACCAGAGUGGGUUCAGAUGGCACCAGCUUUAUUUUCUAAAUUCAUCCCAAACAUUCUCCCCCCUGCUGUGGAAUCUGAGCUUCAGGAAUAUGCUGCUCAAGACCAGAAACUUCAAAGAGAGCUUAUGCAGAAUGGAUUUACCAGAGGUGACCAGUCACGCAAGAGAGCUGGAGAAGAAUUAACUUACAACGGCUCAUCAGCAUGUGCAAGCUCCAGAGGCUACAGAUAGUGAACAUACCGGAUGUGCUUUUAUUCCUAGCCAGAACAGACACUGGAGGAGCACAGAUGAUAUCCAGAGCCUCAGCUGGGGUCUGCUGAUAUUCAGGAGCUCUGUCACAAGUUGUACCUGGAAGAGGAGUUUGGACAUUCUUCGUUAUGUAAUAAAAUGUCAGUUGCUGCUACACUUGGGAUAACUUUGAAAGACAUGACUCUUUGGUUCGGGGUCUCAGCAAGUUCUUAGUCUCUGAUUCCGUGAGGGAUGCGCCUUGAAAAACAGAUAAUUUCUAAGUGAAAAUUCGCAGCCAAAAUCAGCAGCUUCCUCCAAAAAUGUUAGAAUGGAAGAAUCUUUUUUGCACUCUUGUUUUUUAUUAUGGACAUUCUUUAAACUAAUUAACACAUCAGUGUAUUAGUUUUAAAAUGUCAAGGUAUUUUCUGAAGCUUUUACUUAAAUAAUAAGAAUAAAGAUUUGUUUCUUUGCAGUAUUUAUUAUUCAGUACAAAGUGACAGCAGCUUUAAGAGUUGGUCCCUUCUAACUAUAAUUCUGACAAUGAGUUUUUGAUUCCGGAUUUGUUUCUUCCAUCGUUUUUUUCCUAACUUAUUUUCUUUUUUUUUUUUAUAUGUUUUUUGACUCUGUGCCUUCAGCUUGUGCACUUGGCAACUUUACAGACCAUAUUUGGUAAAUGCAAAAUGUGUUCUGAAGGAAAAGCUUGUUACGUUGUGAACAAAUACGCUGCAAAGUCACAAGUUUCUCCUGCAUUACUAGGAUAUGAAUUUAGAAAGGAAGAAAAAGUUUAACCUGACAAUGUCACUGAUAGUGAUUUGGCCCCCUUCCCACUUUGUGUUUUUUCAAGUGUUUAUUUAGUAUUAAUGGUGGGACCAACUCUUGUAGAAACAUCCCUCUGCCCCCUCUCUUUUCUGGUGAGUUUGUUGGCCUCCAUAGUAAUGACAAUAGAUCAAUGUGAACUCCAAAAUGAAUGCAAUGCCAUGUUUUGUGUUGUGUGUUAUUUUGGAACAUUAGCUGCCGCAGCUGAGAGUUGGAUUAUGAGCAAGGUUCUCCAGUCUGUUAAAUUAUGCUAUGUGCCACUCUGGCAGCACUGAGCAGACUUAAACCUGCCUUAGUUGGUCAGUGGAUGACAGAACCCAGGCAGGGCUGCCGGAGUGGCUCUGACAGGCUACCAGCAUAGGGAGUGUGACUGGGGAAAAGGGAUAUGGUCCUGCAUCCAAACAGCUAGAGUGUAAGAUACGCAGCACUGUUCAGGAUCAGGGAGAUACCAAGGUGAUGUAAUGCAUAUGUGCAUGCAUACACCCUCUUCUAGACUUGUGCCAAGCUCAGGUGGGCUGGUCCAGUAAAUCUGGACCUGUGGUCGUAAUCGUAAUGGUUAGGAGAUGAGUUUCAGUCAGCAGUAUGGGUAAUCGAAUCCAGUUAAUUUAAAUAGGGAGAGAAAUGUUCUUGAAAAAGUAGUUUUGAUUCCAGAUUCCUUUUAUUAUCUUUAGUUAAGAAGAGAAAAAAAAAAAAAACCUUAGUGAUAUCAGAAACCUUUCUGAGCUGAGGUAGAAGUUUAUUCACAGUUCUGCCACACACAGCUGUCGUAUAGAAAUUCUCUGAGCUUGCAUGAGUUGUCUAUAGAUUGCAGGAAAAAGCAAAAUAUUCAUGUGGCAGUGACCAAGUUCUUUUCUUUCCAACUUUGCUUUGUAAACAGACUAUAUUCCCUUCAUGUUUAAAUUGAGAAUCAGAGAUUCCAAGGCCAGAGGGAACUAUUAUGAUCAUGUAGUCUGACCUCCUGUAUAAGACAGGCCAUAGAACUUCCCCAAAAUAAUUCGCAGAGCAUAGCUUUUAGAAUAACAUCCAAUCUUGAUUUAAAAAUUCAGAGAUGGAGAAUCCACCAUGACCCUUGGUAAAUUGUCCCAAUGCUUAAUUAGUUUCACUGUUUAAAAUUUACUCCUUAUUUCCAGUCUGAAUUUGUCUAGCUUCAACUUUCAGCCAUUGGAUAGUGUUGUACCUUUCUCUGCUAGCUGAAAGAGCCCAUUAUUAAAUAUUUGUUCCCCAUGUAGAUA